GAGCAACAAGACCGACCAACACACCCCAUAUCCAAGAACAAUCGAUAUGAACUUCAACGCUUCCUUGGCUAGCAGCGAUGAACGGUGAUGCAGGACUCGUCGGAUGUCUGGUCGACAGGAUCGCCACCCGACUGCCACAUCGAACCGGAACCCAACCCCGCGAACUAGAUCAGGACGAAAUAGUUGCUAGCACUCGAGUGACACUUGUCAAGAUUAGCGCCACGAAUAUAGCAGCGAUCCUGGACUCGCUGAUCACCCUUCUUGAGGAGCUUGGUCGAGGUUACAAGAGCUUCUCUUCACACCCUAGCCACGUUGUCUCUUCCGAAGUCUACGUUUUAGCCCUGGCGAGUGACUGUUGCGCCGCGCAUUGGGAGGCCGUACGCUCCAAUAGUUUGCGUCAACUAGUCAAGCAAACCAACACAAGUCGUGGGUCGCUGCAAGUUGUGCCGACGCCCCUGGAUGAUUCCCUGGUCUCGCGCCUACUCAAUGUCCUGAGGAACCUUCUCGAUCCGACUCCUGAUGGCUUUAUUCUCCCCGCGCACACCAUCCUCGGCCAUGGCCCUCGUCACGCAGAACGCGCUGCUUGGCUCGAUACUGGCGCCGACAUUCUUUCUCAGGAUGAUGUCCUCGCGACUGACAAAUACGAUUUGACCAUUUCGCCAGUUUCCAUGGAAAGUCAUGCGAAGACCCUUGUGGAAUAUCUCACAGCCUCCUCGUGGACCAGCGUCUUCGACCAUCUCAGGAAAGUCGUCUAUACUAUUCGGACGACCGGAGUAGCUCAGCAGCAGCCUAGCCAGACUCCUCCCAUGGGCGAAGAUGACAGGGCCAACCUAGUCGCGCUUCGCCUCAUCUCCUUCUACUGGGUAGACAGCCAGAAACUUGGCCAGGUCAUUCAAGAGAUAUGCUCCAGUUAUCUCCAUCUCCGAAGGCCUUUUCAGACCGCAAUCGCGGCUGUGCUUCCCUUGCUGGUUGUAAGCUGGCUCGAACGGCACCCUCAUGAGUUUGUACAGUUGCACACACUGCAUAAGCGGCUUGACGGUGGGGCUGACACGCUCUUCGACAUGACACAAGCUAUUGUCGACAAUGGUCGAAAGAAAGGCAUGAUGUUCGCAAUGCAAAUCACAUUGCUCCUUUUGCUCCCUGACGUGUUCGAGGUUGCGAGCAAUCUACGUGAAGCCAAGAGCAGCAGCAUGGCUAAGAAGACGGCAUUCCUGGACGGACUGAGGAAAUCGUUGCGUAACAAAAAUGAAGCAGCAGCCUACUGUCUAGUUUUGUUGUUGCGUGCUGCCCGUCAUUUUGAUGCCGAGGACGACACAGCCAUCGUGAGCUUUGCUCUCGACGUACAGGACGAGGUCAAGGACGCAGUCUUCCGACGAUCUGCACCUAACGCGGACGGUUCGCACUUCGAGCAGGACUUGCUGAGCGCAGCAUUCGUGGGUCUAGCUCAGCUCAAUCCUGAGAGUGGGCUGGACGCUCUGGCUGAGACGUGUCUUGCUAUGGGCACUCCUACAAGCUUUCGGCGAGCUGUUGUACAGGGCUGCAGUUACCUUGCCAGACAGAACGACUCCCACAGGUACGAAGCACUGUUUGGUACAGCAACUCCUUAUAUGUUGAGUCAGCUCCAGGCCUUGGAUCACCCCAAGGCCCUCAUGGCUUGUAAUGUACUCGACUUCCUGGAAGCUUCCCCGCAGUCACUUCUCGAAGUAGAAGAAAGGAAACCAGGGUCAACAGCACCAGCGCACAGCAUGUUCGAAGCAUUUCUGUGUCUUGUAUUGUCAUGGGACCCUGGCGUAAGGGCACACGCUACCAGGGUAGCGAAACGGCUGUUCGUAGAUCGUGCCGUUAUCGAGGAUCUCAGAUCUCAAGGCACCCUUGAUUCUUCGGCCUUGAAGAUCAGCUUCUGGAGGCGCAGUUGUCGGCUCAUUGUGAGCUUAUGCGACCAAGUGAUGGCAGGCGGAGGCAGCAUGGCUGUCAGGGCAAUUUACGACUAUCUUGCUGCACGAGUUGUGCUAUUGAACUCUCUGCGGGAACUAUCUGAAGUACCCAGUGACAUCCCUGAACUGCCGACAGCAGCCUCCAAGACCGAAACGACCCUAUUGGUGGCUUUGUGUUCGGCUGACGUUGAAACGUGUCGAUUGGUGACUUCUCUGGUCGCCACCUCACUGGAGGCCAACGAAGCUGCAGAAGCAAGCCCUGAAGCUGCGAAAGUUUUGGCGCCUUUGCUUCGAAACAGUGACAUAUUCCGUGAGCUUGGGUCUGGCUCAUUCCGUUUCACGGGCCUCGUCGCGUUUCAAAAGCGCAUGCGAGGCUUGUUGAGACGGCUGCAAUACCCAACCAUUGGUAUCCUUGCAGCGUGGGAGCAUGCAUUUGAGAGGUGGUUGCUUCUCUCCAGGGAAGUCUCUUCGACACCCGCAGAUGCUAUUGAAGACAAGGUCUUUUCGGAAUGGCGCAAUCACUCUGGUUUUCUUGCAUCUCUGGGUGGCAUCUGCGUCGCCAACCCCGCCAUCAUUCUUGAGGAACCUACACUGAGCAGCGCACGGUGGAUUGACCAGUUACCUAAUGACAAUCAUGAGGAGCCACUCCUUGACCGGUAUCUGAGGUUGAGUAUUCAACUACUGGGUUGCAACAACAUUAGGGUUCGAGAAGCGACCCGGGAUGUUCUGUCUAGCGACAUCUCACCCACACUCUACCAACCUAUGUUCAGGGCCCUCGAAUCUGAGCUGGAGGUUCUCUUCACGGGAGCUUUAGCUCCAAGUGACCAAGCUCAGGACAUUGAAGUCGCGUUUGCAGAGCAAGCAAUUUCACUCCUGAAAGCUCUUGUUGAACGACUUGAUAGCCCCUCAGAUCUGGGCGCCGCAUCAUCUGUACAUCUUGGUGCCUUGACUCUGAGCUUUACCAAGUUCAUGGACAGUAUGGCCGACAGCACAAGCACACUCAGGGUGAAAAUCAAAGUCUGUCAGCUGUGCGAAACUGUCAAUAAGCGAAAAGAGCACCUUAAUCUAAGGGAUGAUGUGCGUAUCAGGAACCACUUGCUGGAAUACAUAUUCGGCUGGAUUGCUCGCCCACGAACGCCUCGUGUGGAUCCACACCAGGGCGUCAUGUUGGGACGUCCAGAUGAUGCCCAGCGAAUGCAGAAGGACUUGGACCGAGCUUGCCUAAGAUCACUGGCAGAGCUCACUUUCCGCUUGCCGCUGCAACCUGGCGAAGGGCAGACGGACGCAGGCGCGAGUGAGCUGAAGGCUCAGAUGUUUCAUACUUACUUCAAUCGCUUCUUGUCCUUGCUCAAUCACGACUCGUCUGAAAUCAACAAGGGCGACAUCAUGCCAACUGGGGUCGGCAGGGAUGAUACUGCAUCCCCCUCCGAGUUAGCGAUCACUAUUUUGUCCAAUCUGUUGAGUGCAAAUAUCGAUGUCGGCCUCAAGCACUCCCUGAACAUUGGCUACCACGACAAUGUCGACAUCAGGACAGCAUUCGUCAAGGUGUUGUGUAAUAUACUCAUCCAGGGCACAGAGUUCAGCAAUCUGACCGACUCGGCCGUAAAUGAGAAAUACAACGAACUCUUGGAUUUACUGACCAAGGACAUGACACUUGUCGCCGCCAUGAGCAUUGUGUGCCCGAGUCACGAGGUUGACGAGUUGACCAUUUCCCUUCUCACAAUCUUCGAGCAUCGAGGUCGAACUUUUGAAUUGAUUGAAACGCUGAUCAAGCAAGAGAUUGAACAAACUGAUAACGAGUCUGAGAUCCUGAGACGGACUUGUGUCGCCACUAAAAUGCUAUCAGUAUAUGCGAAGUGGAAGGGACAGGCCUAUCUCAAAGCAACACUGCAGAAGGUAGUUGAGCGAUUGGUGCUCACCUCGAAAGAUCUUGGUUUAGAGCUCGACCCCGCUCGGGUGACAUCGAACGACGAGCUGCAGAAGAAUGCCCUGCAGCUUCGAAUCGUUGCCAAGGUAUUCAUAGACGACAUCUGCGCGUCCUCGUCCAGCGUUCCAAGCUCAUUCCGACAAAUCUGCAGUAUAGUACCGCCAGACAGUCUGGAUCAUGAAAGUAGCAUCGAAUCUUUCGACUUCGGGUCCUGCGUUGCCUUGCAUCGCUUCCUAUACGACCACUGGGAUCAUAUCAGGCAGAAGCUGGUCGGCCAUGAACGUAGGGACUACGUGCGCUCACCAGCCGAGAUUUCUCGAGUCCGUUCCCCUGUGCUUGAGCCACUGCGUAACUUGAUCACAAACCUGGGGCCGCCGCCCUUGGCAGUGACCUGGAACAGGCCACAAGUCUCGACGAACACACCACCCUCAUACUCAAUGUUCCAAGACUUUAUGUUGCGCAAUGCGUUUCGCGGUACCGAGUCGUUCCUUACCGCCCGAGCCGUGUAUGAUGGGGGGGAGAGCAAGGACGGACUUUCAAUCAUCUGUAUCAUUUUGCGGCACAUGGACUCGGAGAGCAUUGACUAUGAGACCUUAAUCUUUUGCUAUCUGAAGAAUGAGCCGCAAGACGAUCUCCUUCGGAAGCUAGACUCUCUCACACCCGUCGAACUGAACCGCAAUUUGACGAGAGUUUACGUAUACAACAUGAACAGUGCUUUCCGGAAAUGCUUCCGCAGAAUUCUUCGAGUCUCUGCCAAGACUGAGAGCAGCGUUUUUCACCCCAAAAACGUCGAGUACCAUCUUAUUGGCAGCCUGCAAGACUUGCAGGCUCACUUCCACUUGAGCCAGCUUCACCUACCGAAAGAGACAAUCAGUGUUGUGACGGAUACACGCUACGUUUUCCAACCCAUCACCAGGCUUUCAAAAACAAAGGGAAAAAUUGAGGUUAUCAUCAAGGUUGGGAGCCAAUUUGUCCAGGUUACGACAACCAAAAAGCAAGAGGUUUUCCCAGGCUACCGGCUCAGCACAACAGUCAACGACAUUUUCCGCCUCGGGGAGGUUGAUGAGGCUCCGACGUCGAUUCAAACCGAAGAUGAUUCAGCAUUUGGACUCCGAGCCGAUAACGGUCGCAUUGUGAUGUAUUUCACCAGUCCGAAAAAGGUGGAUGUUCUACAAACAAUUCGCGGUGCUAAAGCCAAGUACAGCAAAGACAGUCGAUCACACAAGGCUUACGAGCGACUGAUUCGACCACAAGACGUACCUGGGACUCUUCUUAACCUAGCAUUAACAAAUCUUUCAAGCGUCGACGAUGUUCUAAGGCUAGCUUCCUAUAACCUUCUUGGCUCAUUGUGCAAAGCCUUCCGAUUUAGUGCUGCCUCCAAAAUGAUGUGCUUGAUCGAUGUCUCGGUUCCCACAUCUGCGUCACACUUCAUCAUUGCGAUCAGUGAGCAGCUGGCACAGAUGGAGCCACAGCUGACAUUCGACUUUCUCACCGAGUUUUUCGUGGGGUGGGAGAGCUUCUCUGACGACCAAAAGCCGAUAAGCCUGGCGUACAUGUCGCCGUGGCUUCCUGGCCUGCGAACUGCGAUUCUUGCAAACGAGGCAGAUGGUGACAGGGGAAAGGAGAAAAUUGCUUCUUUGUUCCGGAAACUAAUUGACUUGGCUGUAGCCGAUCACUUCCUCGCGUACACUCUGGAGCAAGUUAUUUGGCCCGCCAUCUCGCGGGAUGAAACGAUCCUGGAUCUUUUCCUGGAGGAACUAACAAAAGCUGCACUCAGCCUCAACCUUGCAGAAGAGUCGCUAGAUGCUCUUUCUUCGAUAGUGGCCGGCAUGGGAACCAUCACUCUCCGGGCUAGGGUCAUUUCCAGGCUACGAAAGGCGUUGAAUCGAACCUCCCUCCGCCCCACGAAAGCUUUGCCAGAUAACGUUGUGUGGGCCGAGAUCUGCGUAUUACUUCACUUCUGCUUGUCACUCUCAUUCGACAAUGGUGUCCAGGCGCAGCUUUUCUUACCAGAGAUCUUCCAUAUCGUCACUAUGCUUGCCAACACUGGUUCGGUGGAGAUACGCAUCCUGGUUCACCGUCUACUCGUCAACACUGUACACGCUGCAUGCACGUCUUUUCUCCUCGAAGAUCUAAGGUUAAACAAACUGCGAAGCAGUUUGGACCUCAUUAAUGACUCUCGUGGCGAAGUCUUCUCAGCCUCGUCAAGCACUCUGCGAGAUACCACAUCUAUCACCACGACACAGGAUACGGGGCCAGCCCUCGCUGCGACUGAGAGUCUGGCGGCGCUACUUUUCGAAAUCUGUUCACUGGCAGCACCCUCAGUUGAUAUCUCAAAUGCUUGGCGUUCGCGAUGGAUGAGUCUGGUGGCGAGCACGGCUUUCCAGACCAACCCUGCUGUGCAGCCAAGGGCAUUCACGGUAAUGGGCUGUCUUGCUCGAGAGGAAGUUGAUGACGAUCUGCUAUAUCAAGUCCUCGUAGCUUUGCGGAACAGUGUUGGACGAUUGGAGGAUGAGAGCAACAAUGACAUGUUCGUCUCAAUUGUUACAUCACUCUCUCGGAUGAUGUCCAAGCUCCCCUCUGCUUCGCGAUACGGACUUCAAUUAUUUUGGCUGGCGAUAUCUUUGCUUCGCCUGGUUCCGGCCGCUCUUUUCAAUUGCACAGCUCAAUUCCUAGAAGCUGUGCUGAGUAACAUCAACACAGUCGGCGGUCUCAGGGGCGAAAACAUGGCAGCAUUGCUUAUGCAGGGCAGAGUUCAGCUUGAAGAAGCUGCGGUGCUCCUAGAUGAUGCAUACGACGUGCAUUUCUCACGGGAGUCAUUCCAUUUUGCUGUUUGCGCAUGCCUGGCGAGAGGUUUGGUCGACACUACUACGCGACAGGGUACCAUGAGGGUUCUCUCUUCCUUCCUUGAGAUGGCAGGUAGUUUUUCUGAUGACAGUGACGGGCCGAUGAGGAGCUCGCUAGAUUCACCUUAUAUGGCUCUGAUUCUAGCAAGGGUCGCGGGCCACCAGGAACUCAAGGAUAUCCUCUGGUCGUCUGGGGUGAAUCCGUCCUUGGUUGGCAUGGUCGCAAGUACACGACAGCUACAGGAUAUUAGUCGGGCAAAUGACCAGGACCUUCUGCUCAAUACGGCGAUUGAGCUGGUCGAUUUCCGGUAUCUUGAGGAUGCGAUUCAGGAUCGGACUCUAAGAUGGCUGGCCCUACUUGCCAAAGCAAGACCAACGGUCGUCCUCCAUUUGUGCGGCCCGCUGGCUACCAUACUGAACGACACCCUUUCGCAUUGCCAGAAUUCGACAACGUUAGAAGCUGCGCACCUGCUUCUACAUUGCCUUGCCUUGGAUCCUCGCCUCAAUCAGGCACUUGAUACGCCUGUUCGACUGGAGGAUGUCUUGGACGAUCUUGGAUUCAGCGGGCUCUGGCGGUCUUGUUCGAUGGAUUCUGCACACGAACAGGACAGAAAAUAUUUCACGUUGACCGAAAGACUGAUUGAGCUUAUCAUUAUCUAGAUGAUGCGCUUGAGACUACAAUGUUCUCAUACAUUUGUGGCGUGCGGAAAAAUUGCAGGACUCAACAUUCUUGGUAUCACAACCCACUUGGGUCCCCUCCAUUUCGUGAGCUGCUCACUACUUACUGUUGGUUAUUUCCGGGGGCUGCCCAGCGAAGGGCCAAUAUGUUAACAAGGGACAACGUGCCCUUUGCUCCCCAGCCUUGGGGCCCAGAUUCUACGUUUGGUCGGAUUGCCACAUACCAUGCCCACGCUCUCUGGUCUAGUUGCCGGGGGGUAAGAUGUCUGGCCCAGCUCUCAAAUAGCAACCUAAAACUUCCAAGAACCCUUGCAGCGUUUUCCUCGGCUUGUGUGACUGUGAAAGAUGACGUCUUCGAUUGUCGUGCCCUUCUUUUGGGCGACCCGGACGUCAUAGCAACGCUGGUGGGUUGAUCAGAGGCGGCUGCGAAGCUACUCAAAAGAUAAUUUCUUGCAGCCUCGGGUUCGUGUACCACGAAUCCUAAUUUUCCAUGCUCACUACUGGGUCGGGCUGAGUGAGUCCCCUGGUUCCUCAUCGAAUAUUGCGGACUGGUGUCGAGUGCCCAAACCGCUACUUCCUGAUGCAGGUCGACAGGGUUGUGCAAGCGCAGUCCUUCCGCCAAAGCUUCGUUGACACAUCUACGAAUC